AUGAAUCCCGAAUACGAUUACCUUUUCAAACUUUUACUGAUUGGAGACUCUGGCGUCGGCAAAUCAUGUCUUUUACUCCGAUUUUCCGAUGAUACUUAUUCAGAAAGCUAUAUCUCCACAAUUGGUGUCGAUUUCAAAAUCAGAACUAUCGAAUUGGAUGGCAAAACCAUCAAACUUCAGAUUUGGGAUACAGCCGGCCAGGAGCGCUUCAGAACUAUUACUUCUUCAUACUACCGAGGUGCUCAUGGUAUCAUUGUUGUGUAUGACGUCACUGACCAGGAAUCGUUUAACAACGUCAAGCAAUGGCUCCAAGAAAUUGACCGAUACGCUUCUGAAUCUGUAAACAAACUUCUCGUCGGAAACAAAUGUGAUAUGACCACGAAAAAAGUCGUCGACUACACUACUGCGAAAGAAUACGCCGAUUCCCUUAAUAUCCCAUUCCUCGAAACUUCUGCUAAAAAUAAUACCAACGUCGAACAGGCUUUCUUAACAAUGGCAUCAGAAAUCAAGAACAAAAUGGGACCGGGCUCUGGUCCCUCGCCGUCCGGCCCAAGAGGAAAUGUCGAUAUUGGAAAGACGAACAGUGUAGGAAACAAAUCUGGAGGUUGUUGUUGA